CAGGAUAUAAAAUUUAAUCCAAACCUUACCAAAAUGUUCUUUGGAAGUCGCUUUACCCGUGCAAGGCUUAAAGACCUGCGAACGCAGGAGAGAAUCAUUAAGAUCUUUUCAGGCUUUGAUAAUUUUAGGAACUCCAAAGUGAUACAUGCUGCUAGUAUCGCUCCUUAUUACAGGUCUAGUGAAAUGGGUGAUGACACUUCUAUUCUAAAUAUGAGGCAUCCUUCUGCUCCUUUGAACCCUACUCAGAACUGGGCUCUUUAUUUCUUAAGAUGUAUGGCAGACUGAGUGAUUGUUCCAGAGAAAGAUAUCAGAGAGAACCAUGAAAUGUUCCGUAAUUCCCCCGAAGAUUUUGGGUUAAAAAGAGAAAUUUACGAUCCCUCUGAUAAGAAGAAAAACUUUUCGUGUGAGAUCUACAUCACUAAACCAAAAUACAACGCUCGGAUGAUGGUUGAGAACCCUCUCUUUGCUUAUGAUUGUCCUCACAAGAAAUAUAUCUAUGGGAAAACAGGUAAAAUUAGGAAAUACAAGAAUUUUUUGAAGACAAAAUUCAUUCACAAUUACCCGAUCCUGAAACAGCAGGAUCAGUUCAUGAAGAAAACGGAAUUUCUUGAGGACGACAAGCCUUCAAUCCAGAAUUUAGUCAAAUACCUUCAGGAAGAGAAAAAGAUGGGAUUAAUUCUAGUAGAAAAUGACCUUGAGUCAUUGCACAAGAUGUAUGCAGAGACAGACCCUGCAGUGAACAUCUUCGACACUCUGUUCAUUUCGCAGUACAUGAACCCUGAAAUCAGGUCGUUCCCUGAAGGAUUUGUUAAUCCUACUAAGUUCUCCUUCCAGGAGUUAUUUAGAAACUAUAAAUGCCAGUUCCAGUCAAAAGGAAUUCCUGACCCUAGCAGCAGCUACGCAGAGUGGAUCUUCAUGCUGUUCCACAAACUUCCUCACUCAAAGCUCUCAUAUGAAGAAGCGAUGCUUGUUGAUCCUGAACAACUGAAAAGGGAAGAAAAGAAAGAAGCACAGAAGGAAAUGGCUGAAAAACGACAGAAUAUUGGAAAGAAACCAUGGUUCGCUGAGAAAUAUAGUGACAAACUCAAAGAUUAGGUGAUUUCAAUUUGUACAAAA